UCCAACCACCUUCGCCGUAAACAAAACUGUCCCCCCGGGCGGGGAGAGGUCGCGCUCUUUCGCACACUCCCUCGCCAAGGGUUAAUUUCUCAGAUCGCACGAGGGGGAGGAGAUUUCCCUGUAGACGAGUAAAAAGGGUGAUGGACAAACGUGCGGGCACUAAGACCGCAAGGCAUUCAUUUCCUCCUACGGUGGAUGCGGACGCCGGGAGGAGGAGAGCCCCAGAGAGAGGAGCUGGGAGCGGAGGCUCAGAGAACACGUAGCGACUCCGAAGAUCAGCCCCAAUGAACAUGUCAGUGUUGACUUUACAAGAAUAUGAAUUCGAAAAGCAGUUCAACGAGAAUGAAGCCAUCCAAUGGAUGCAGGAAAACUGGAAGAAAUCUUUCCUGUUUUCUGCUCUGUAUGCUGCCUUUAUAUUCGGUGGUCGGCACCUAAUGAAUAAACGAGCAAAGUUUGAACUGAGGAAGCCAUUAGUGCUCUGGUCUCUGACCCUUGCAGUAUUCAGUAUAUUCGGUGCUCUUCGAACUGGUGCUUAUAUGGUGUACAUUUUGAUGACCAAAGGCCUGAAGCAGUCAGUUUGUGACCAGGGUUUUUACAAUGGACCUGUCAGCAAAUUCUGGGCUUAUGCAUUUGUGCUAAGCAAAGCACCCGAACUAGGAGAUACAAUAUUCAUCAUUCUGAGGAAGCAGAAGCUCAUCUUCCUGCACUGGUAUCACCACAUCACUGUGCUCCUGUACUCUUGGUACUCCUACAAAGACAUGGUUGCCGGGGGAGGUUGGUUCAUGACUAUGAACUAUGGCGUGCACGCCGUGAUGUACUCUUACUAUGCCUUGCGGGCGGCAGGUUUCCGAGUCUCCCGGAAGUUUGCCAUGUUCAUCACCUUGUCCCAGAUCACUCAGAUGCUGAUGGGCUGUGUGGUUAACUACCUGGUCUUCUGCUGGAUGCAGCAUGACCAGUGUCACUCUCACUUUCAGAACAUCUUCUGGUCCUCACUCAUGUACCUCAGCUACCUUGUGCUCUUCUGCCAUUUCUUCUUUGAGGCCUACAUCGGCAAAAUAAGGAAAACAACGAAAGCUGAAUAGUGUUGGAACUGAGGAGGAAGCCAUAGCUCAGGGUCAUCAAGAAAAAUAAUAGACAAAAGAAAAUGGCACAAGGAAUCACACGUGGUGCAGCUAAAACAAAACAAAACAUGAGCAAACACAAAACCCAAGGCAGCUUAGGGAUAAUUAGGUUGAUUUAACCCAGUAAGUUUAUGAUCCUUUUAGGGUGAGGACUCACUGAGUGCACCUCCAUCUCCAAGCACUGCUGCUGGAAGACCCCAUUCCCUCUUUAUCUGUCAACUCUAGGACAAGGGAGAACAAAAGCAAGCCAGAAGCAGAGGAGACUAAUCAAAGGCAAACAAAGGCUAUUAACACAUAGGAAAAAAAAUGUAUUUACUAAGUAUCACAUUUCUCUAAGAUGAAAGAUUUUUACUGUAGAAACUGUGCGAGCACAACACACACAAUCCUUUCUAACUUUAUGGACACUAAACUGGAGCCAAUAGAAAAGAUAAAAAUGAAAGAGAAACAGGGUGUAUAUCUAGAACAAUAAUGCUUUUGCAGAAACUAAAGCCUUUUUAAGAAAUGCCAGCUGCUGUAGACCCCAUGAGGAAAGAUGUCUUAAUCAUCCUUAUGAAAACAGAUGUAAACAACUAUAUUUCAACUAACUUCAUCUUCACUGCAUAGCCUCAGGCUAGUGAGUUUGCCAAAACCAAAGGGGGCGAAUACUUCCCCAAGAUUCUUCCUGGGAGGAUGGAAACAGUGCAGCCCAGGUCCCAUGGGGGCAGCUCCAUCCCAGAGCAUUUCUGAUAGUUGAACUGUAAUUUCUACUCUUAAAUGAGAUAUGAAGCAUUAUCCUUUUGUUCAGUUGCCCUGGGCUUUUGAACAGAAGAGUAAAUACAGAAUUGUAAAAGAUAAACACUCAACCAAACAAUGUGAAAACGGGUUCUGUAGUAUUUGUAAAAAGGCCCAGCCCAGGACCACUGUGAGCUGGAAAAGGGAGAAAGGCAGUGGGAAAAGAGGUGAGCCGAAGGUCAAUUUGAGAGACAGACGGUGUGUAUGCCCCUCCCUGUUUGACUUCACACACACUUAUAACUUUCCAAAUGAAACCCCAUAGUAUAGAGCAUAUUUUCGAUAUUUUUGUGAAUUCCAAAAGGAAAUCACAGGGCUGUUCCUGAUAUUGGGGGAACACUGUGCUUCUGCAUCAUCUGCAUUUGCUCCCCAAGCAAUGUAGAGGUGUUUAAAGUGCCCUCUGCUGGCUGAGUGGCAAUACUACAACAAACUUCAAGUUAAGUUUGGCUGAAAACAGUUGACAACAAAGGGCCCCCUAUACACUUAUCCCUCAAAUUUUAAGUGAUAUGAAAUACUUGUCAUAUCUUUGGCCAAAUCAGAAGGUAUUCAUCCUGCUUCAAGUCAGCUUCAGAAAUGUUUUAAAAGGGACUUUAGCUCUGGAACUCAAAAUCAAUUUAUUAAGAGCCAUAUUCUAUUAAAAAAAAAAAAAAGCUGGAUGAUAUUAUCUGUAAUAUUUCAGUCCUUUACAAGCCAAAUACAUGUGUCAAUGUUCCUAGUAUUUCAAAGAAGCAAUUAUGUAAAGUUGUUCAAUGUGACAUAAUAGUAUUAUAAUUGGUUAAGUAGCUUAAUGAUUAGGCAAACUAGAUGAAAAGAUUAGGGGCUUCCACACUGCAUAGAUUACACGCACAUAGCCACGUAUACACACACAGACACACAGAUGUGGGGUACACUGAACUUCAAAGCCCAAAUGAACAGAAACACAUUUUCUGGCUAGCAGAAAAAACAAAACAAAACUGUUGUUUCUCUUUCUUGCUUUGAGAGUGUAUAGUAAAAGGGAUUUUUUCGAAUUAUUUUUAUAUUAUUUUAGCUUUAAUUGUGCUGUCGUUCAUGAAACAGAGCUGCUCUGCUUUUCUGUCAGAGAUGGCAAGGGCUUUUUCAGCAUCUCGUUUAUGUGUGGAAUUUAAAAAGAAUAAAGUUUUAUUCCAUUCUGUGUGAAUGGUUUGAGCAGUGAACAAA